GCACAAGCAGCAGUUACCGCCGCAGCGAAUGGAGGCGAACGGGCGCGAGAGAGACACAUCCUCCCGGAGACACACUCGGACCUAACGAGGAUUUUACGCCUUUUUUUAUUAUUAUUAAAAAAAACGACAUUUUCCAUCGGGAGGACGAAACGACGCACACUUAUAAUUUAUAAAAAAAAAUCUUUAAAGAAAAAUAAAAGUCGCAUCGCUUCCCCUUUUCUAUUUUUUUUAUUUUUUCUCCUCCUCCUGACAAACAGGGCGUGUGAGCGGGUGAAGCAGAUUUCGAACCCGUUUCACGCGGAUGUCGGUUUAACCCCGCGCGUCCGUGUGUUUGUGUUUUAAUUCUCACCACCUGGAUUCGGACGGUGUCGAGGAUGGGCUGCACGCUGAGCACCGAGGACAAGGCGGCGGUGGAGCGCAGCAAGAUGAUCGACAGGAACCUGCGGGACGACGGGGAGAAGGCGGCCCGGGAGGUCAAGCUGCUGCUGCUGGGUGCUGGUGAAUCGGGGAAAAGUACAAUUGUCAAGCAGAUGAAGAUCAUCCACGAGGCUGGCUACUCAGAAGAGGAAUGUAAGCAGUACAAGGCCGUGGUUUACAGCAACACAAUCCAGUCCAUCAUCGCCAUCAUCAGAGCCAUGGGCCGCCUCAAGAUCGACUUUGGCGACGCCGCGAGAGCUGACGAUGCCCGGCAGCUGUUUGUGCUCGCCGGCUCGGCUGAGGAAGGCUUCAUGACGGCGGAGCUCGCUGGCGUCAUCAAACGUCUGUGGAAGGACGGAGGCGUUCAGGCCUGCUUCAGCCGCUCCCGCGAAUAUCAGCUCAACGACUCGGCAGCAUACUACUUGAACGAUCUGGACAGGAUAUCCCAGGCCACCUACAUCCCAACCCAGCAGGAUGUCCUGAGGACCCGAGUCAAAACCACAGGCAUUGUGGAGACGCACUUCACGUUCAAGGACCUGCACUUCAAAAUGUUCGACGUGGGCGGUCAGCGAUCGGAGAGGAAGAAGUGGAUCCACUGCUUCGAGGGCGUGACCGCCAUCAUCUUCUGCGUGGCCCUCAGCGACUACGACCUGGUGCUGGCCGAGGACGAGGAGAUGAACCGAAUGCACGAGAGUAUGAAGCUGUUUGACAGCAUCUGCAACAACAAGUGGUUCACGGACACCUCCAUCAUCCUCUUCCUCAACAAGAAGGACCUGUUUGAGGAGAAGAUCAAGAAGAGUCCUCUCACCAUCUGCUACCCGGAGUAUGCAGGCUCCAACACGUACGAGGAGGCCGCCGCCUACAUCCAGUGCCAGUUCGAGGACCUGAACAAGCGGAAGGACACCAAGGAGAUCUACACCCACUUCACCUGCGCCACCGACACCAAGAACGUGCAGUUUGUGUUCGACGCCGUCACCGACGUGAUCAUCAAGAACAACCUGAAGGACUGUGGUCUCUUCUGAGGACCAUGACCACAAGGACCCUUUUUUUUCUUGGCGGUGGAGCCAGCUUAUUGUGCAUUUUUGGUGGGGAAGAUGAGACGAGUCGGGAGGAUCGGUCACGGACCAGCGCUGUACUAUACGCCACUUUUAACAGCUUUAUUUAUGUUUUUUUUGUCUUGGAACAUUUUUGAACUAGCGUUUGAAAUCUGUGUAGGAUGUUUGUAUCAUUGUAAAAGCGUCACGGCACAAUUUCCACUUGUUUUUUUUAGUUUCUAUUCUCGAGGAGGAGGUGAAGAAGAUUUUUUUUUUGCUGUUUCUUCUGCCGGUGUCUCUGGAAAAGGAAACUUUGCUAUCGGUGGACAUUCUUCUUUUUUUCCUUACCUUCAAACCGAAAGGGAAGAGAAGAGGCACAACUUUGAGUCCAGUUUGUUGGUUCCUGUGCCUUCGCAUGCCUUUCACUGCGGUCCUAGUCCUGAUGCUUGUUCUGUUGCCUGCUGACCUGUUCUGAACAUAAAGAGGUAAACUGUUUUCAUACGUUAGUGUCCCUGCUAUCUUCUAUGUGCACACCACUGAGCUAUCAGGAGGAGGAGGAGGAGGAUUUCCCUCUGGUUUAAACAGGUACAUGGGUCGUCAACAUGUAGCCUCCACAGUCCACUAACCCCCACUACGCCCCCCCCAGGCCUCGCUGGCCGAUCCACACAGUACAAUACCGAGAUGUACAUUGUCCGGGGUCGGUGUUUUUAAACGGUGUAUAAAGAAAACAUCCCUUCCUCCCAACCAUUCAGAAAACGGCUCGUCGAGCUGGCGCUGGGCUUCUAAUACGCUCACGUGUUUUAAAGUACAAAGACCAGAGAUGGCACAUUUUACUGUAUAUUUUAAUGUAUUCAGAGGAGGUCUCUGGUGGAGAGGAGGGUGGAAAAAAAACGGAACCACCGAAAAGAUUGUUGUAAAGGUGAGGAUGGAUCUCAUCCAGCUGCAGUGAGUAGAGGGCAGGGGGGAGGGGGGGCCCGCUGUUUGAGGAUCCGUGAAGAAGGCGACGAUUAAUUAUGAGGUGACGGGAAUAAAGAAGGUCAAGGGAAAGCUGGUCUGUGAUUUUUUUUUUUUUUUUAGAUCGGUUCUACUUUGCCAAGAGGUGAGACACGAUCCUGGAUCUGUUCAUUUAAAGAAACUGCCACAACUGUCGAUGUAUGUGUGUGUUCUCCGCAGAAGGAGGAUCUUUGUAGACUCAUCUCCCUUAUUUUGCUAAUAAAAAAAACAAUUACAAACAA